UCACGUUUAUUGUUUAGCAAAGAAAACUUAAUAAAAUAAAUUAGAUCAUGCCCAACAAAAGUAUACGAAACAAACUUAUUCUUUUAAUGUUGAUGUGCAUGCUUAAUGACGUGAGUACCGGUUUAACAAAUGUAUUAGAGUCUACUUGGUCUAAUUGGAGUUUUUGGUCCAAUUGCACUGUCUCUUGUGGUUUUGGAACUAUGAGUCGAACUAGGGUGUGCUCAGGUCUUUUAUGUAAUGGAAACUCUAUCGAUAUAGUCAGCUGUUAUGGCAAUCAAACGUGUACAGGAAUGCAGUCAGGUUGGUCAAACUGGAGCAUUUGGUCAAGUUGUACAGUAUCUUGUGAUAAUGGAACUAUGACUAGAAUAAGACUAUGUCUUGAUUUAAGCAGUUCUUGUGUUGGAAACACUAUUGAAACAGCAAAUUGUUACUCAAAUGUAACUUGUUCAGGGUUACAGUUAGGUUGGUCAGAAUGGAGUUUAUGGUCUCUUUGUAAUGUUUCUUGUGGUAAUGGAACUGUGAGCAGAAUAAGAGAGUGUCUUGAUGUAGUGAACCCAUGCGUUGGAGACAGUAUUGAUGAAGCAAGUUGUUACAACAAUGAAACUUGUUUAGGGGUAGAGUUAGGUUGGUCAGAAUGGAGUUUUUGGUCCCUUUGUGAUGUCUCUUGUGGUAAUGGAACUAUGAGUAGAGUAAGGCUAUGUCUUGAUGUAAUGAAUCCAUGCAUUGGAAACAGUAUUGAAGUUACAAGUUGUUACAACAGCACAACAUGUUUAGGGCUACAGUUAGGCUGGUCAGAAUGGAGUUUUUGGUCUCUUUGUGAUGUCUCUUGUGGUAAUGGAACUAUGAGUAGAGGAAGAUUGUGUCUUGAUGUAAUGAAUCCAUGCAUUGGAAACAGUAUUGAAGUAGCAAGUUGUUACAUCAACAUAACAUGUUUAGGGCUGCAGUUAGGUUGGUCAGAAUGGAGUUUUUGGUCUCUUUGUGAUGUCUCCUGUGGCAAUGGAACUUUGAGUAGAGUAAGACUAUGCCUUGAUGUAAUGAAUUCAUGUGUUGGAAACAGUAUUGAAGUAGCAAGUUGUUACAACAACAUAACAUGUUCAGGGCUACAGUUAGGUUGGUCAGAAUGGAGUUUUUGGUCUUUUUGUAAUGUAUCUUGUGGUAAUGGAACUAUGAGUAGAGUAAGACUAUGUCUUGAUGUAAUGAAUCCAUGCAUCGGAAACAGUAUUGAAGUAGCAAGUUGUUACAACAACAUAACAUGUUUAGGGCUACAGUUAGGUUGGUCAGAAUGGAGUUUUUGGUCUCUUUGCGAUGUCUCUUGUGGUAAUGGAACCAUGAGUAGAGUAAGACUAUGUCUUGAUUUAAUAAAUCCAUGCAUGGGAAACAAUAUUGAAGUAGCAAGUUGUUACAACAACAUAACAUGUUUAGGGCUACAGUUAGGUUGGUCAGAAUGGAGUUUUUGGUCUCUUUGUGGUGUCUCUUGUGGUAAUGGAACUAUGAGUAGAAUAAGACUAUGUCUUGAUAUAAUGAAUCCAUGCAUUGGAAACAGUAUUGAAGUAGCAAAUUGUUACAACAACUUACCAUGUUUAGGGCUACAGUUAGGUUGGUCAGAAUGGAGUUUUUGGUCUCUUUGUGAUGUCUCUUGUGGUAAUGGAACUAUGAGUAGAGUAAGACUAUGUCUUGAUGUAAUGAAUCCAUGUAUGGGAAACAGUAUUGAAGUAGCAAGUUGUUACAACAACAUAACAUGUUUAGCUCAAUGUGACCUGCUCUCACAAAUUGAAAAGUGUGUUAUUGUUCCCAUAAAUAUUCUUCAGAAUGCAACUUUUGAUAUAGUUUUCAUGCUGCAGAAUAUGGACUUUAAAUGUAUUGAUACAUCUGCACUAAACAUCAACAACAACAUUGAUACAUCAGUUCUGUCUUUACAAUUAGAAUUAGACUUUGGUGAUGAUACUUCAAAAGUGGGUUUCAAGAAUUGCGUAAACAGUUCAAAUGAGUAUACAUUUAGUCAUAGCUUUAAAGAUUGUGGAAAUUAUACUAUAAAAUACAUAAUCAAAUCUUGUAAUGCAAUGGGAUCAUUUAUUAAUGUUGAGAUAAUCAAUUAUGUGAAAGUAACUGUAUUUUGUUUAAUGUCCCCAAUUAAAAUGGUAACAGAUCUAAUUUCAGACUUAAAUCAAAAUUUUGUUCUGCCUCUGAAUAAAGAAUUGAGUUUGUUGAUAAGUCAAGAUUUAGGUUCUUAUAUCAAAUAUGCAAUAGAUUGGGGAGAUAGUGUAGUUCAGUUGAUUGAUCAAUCACAAAAUAAAAAUCCUUUACCAUUUGUUCUCUCGCAUACAUAUAAAAAUGCUGGAAAUUACACAGCAGUUUUGGAGGCCAACAAUACAUUGCAAGUAACUAAUAUUAAAAUUUUUGUUAAAAUACUAAAUUGUUCUUUUCCAAAAGUUACCUUUCAAUAUGGUAGCAAAGAUAAUCCUUUAAGAAUCGUCAAUACUAAUAAAGAUUUUGUAGCAAAUGUAGAUGAAAGUGACAAUGCUUGUUUACCAUCAAAUAUAAGUGUUAUUUGGAUAUUAACUGGAGAUAAUAUAACAAGUAAAUCUCAAGGAACUUUAUCAAACAAUAGAAUAGUAUACUCUUUAGGAAGCAACUUGGAUUUUGGAACUUAUAUCUUGUCAUUAUUGUUUACUUACAAUAUGCUUACCACCAUACAUGUUUCUUAUUUUAUGAUUGUUAAUUUACCCAUACUUAUUGAGAUAGAUAAUGGUGCAUUUCGUACUGUGGCUUACAAGCAAAAACAAAGUGUUAACAAUUUUUUUCCAAAUUUUACAAUUAGCGCACUUGUAAGCUCUGGUGGCAGCCUUCCUACAAUAGAACAUCAAAGAUUAGUAUAUAAAUGGAAAUGCCGAGUGAAAAACACAUCACUAACUUUAAAUAAAUUAAAUUCACAAAAGGCCAUUAAUUCAACUUUUGAAAACAGUACUUGUUUUAAUGAAUCAUGGAUGGACAUAACUGUUGAUGGACCAGAGCUUGUAUUUAGUACAAAAAUGUUUAUAGAGGAAGUAACAUACCAGUUUCAAGUUAUUGGUACAAAUCUUGUUGGAAAAUAUUUACAAAGUAGUUCUUUUAUUCAAGAAAUUGUAUUUAGAUCAGGUGACUUACCUAAUGGACAGAUCAACUGUAUUACAAACUGUGCUGCAAAGUUAAACACAAAAGAAAAAACUGUUUUUAUGUUUUCAAGUUUAAAGAUAAUUGGGAUAUCUUUUACUUGGGAAGUCUUAAAUGAUUAUGAUGAAUGGCCUAAAGAAUUACAACACAAAAAUUCAACUGCAACUGGGUUUUCAGGUUCCUAUCUUGUGAUCAAUCCUGAUACUUUGUUGAUUUCUAAAAAUUACUAUUUUGUAUUAACAGUUGGAUACGUUGGAUCAUCUAACAAAGCUUCAUUUAAAAUAAAAAAACAAACAUCAUCAGUACCUAUUCCAGGAUCUUGUUUUGUAAGCCCUCAAAUCGGAUAUGCUGUUAUCACAAGGUUUAAACUCAUUUGCCAAGAUUGGACUGAUAAUGAGAAUAGUAUAUUGAGAUAUGAAUUCUUUUAUGACAGUGGUGUUGCAGAAAAAUACAUAAUGACAGGAAAUGGUGAUAUAAGUUAUCCACUGUUGAAUGCCAAAUCGCCAAAUGAUCCAUUGUUAGUUGAUUUUGUAUUAGGGCCUGGUAACUUAAAUAAAAAUUUUUCUGCUAGAAUAUAUGUCAGAGUUGUUGGAAUCUAUAAAGCUUACACACAGUAUCCUGACAUUUUUAUUCAGGUUUUACCAUUCCCAAAUAAUGUUUUAAAUGUAAUUGCUAAUGCUGGCAUACCUGAUACAACCACGUUUUCUAGUUUUCUUCAUGCUGUAUCAAAUGUUUUAAAUCACAAUUCAAAUGCUGUAAAAAUGUUGAGCCCAAAAACCAUUGAUAAUAUAACAGGUUUUACUGAUGUUAAUAAUGAAAUUGUACUCAAAAAGGAAGAUAUGCUGGUCCAACAGCAGAGUGUUCGCACUAAAGUUGUUCACUUGCUUUCAAAGACACCAUUAAGUAGUUUAACUGACAUAAAGAAUGUUGGUGAUGCCUUAGCAAUUGUUUUAACUGUGCCAGAAGAGUUGACUUCACAGACCAAGACCAAUGCUGUAGAUAUUAUUACAAAUAUGUCUUCUUUGCUGACAGAAAAAAAUAUUAAAGAUGUUGGCCCACAUUUAUAUGAUCAAAUUACUCAACCUUUUGUUGCUUCCAUAUCACACUUGUUCAGUGGUUUAGCUAAUUCUGAUGGUAUUGUGGAGCCAGUUGAAAGCUUAAACUCAACAUUUGCACCUGGUUACAUAUCUAAGCAGGAAAAUAAUAACUCCCAAUUAGUUUUGAAACUUAUUCAAUCUAUGGACAAAUAUUUUGAUGGUUUGCAGUACCACAUUGCCAAUGAUGAAGAUCCCACAAUCGGUGAUACGCCUGCAUUCAAAUUUUUUUUGAAAAAGGUUUAUGGAAUUUACUCAGGAAAUAUUUCAACUGGUUCAUCAGAAGAAAAUAAUGAUGAGCAUAGUGGAUUUUCUAUUUUUAAUCUGACAAGCUUUUUAAAUGAAUCGACUAAGUAUUCCAGUGUUGUCAUUAAGAAUCUUAAUAUUAGGAGUCAACCGUUUACUUGGGAUUCAGAACGUUCUAAAAAUAUAGUAUCAGAAUCUCAAAUUUUGUACUUGAGUGCAACGACUGGGCAGAAAAUUGAAGUUAAAAACUUGUCUUCAACUGUAAAUAUUUCAAUAAAAAAUAUUCCACAAAAAAUGAAUGGUCGUAACAUAUCACUUUCUAUGCCAUAUGAUGUACAAACAAGCUUGCUUGAGCUUCCAUCUUCUGAAUGCAGCUUGAUGAUGAAAUUUUCACCAUUAAAUGAUCCACAAAACAAGACUAACCUAAUUGUUUACAUUCAAUAUGGCAAAGUUCCAACAAAUGAUGAUUAUGAUAUUAAAUUAAACAUUUCAACUAGAGAUGGUACUGAUCUUAUUAUUGGGAACAAUACACCACGUUCAAAUUUUUCUAUAAAUAUCCAACGAAGUCAAAAAUGUAGACUGUUAAAAGAUGGAUCAAUUAUAUUGUGGGAUUUUCAUAACUCAACAUAUUCUUUUUUAAACAAAACAUUUCUUCAUUUAUCUUAUUUUUAUGUUGGUCCAAUGCCAGAGAAAAUUUUGGAAUUUAAUCCAUAUACAUUGGAUGGAAAAGAAUACUAUGGAACAUAUCUUUAUGAAAUGAAAUCUUUUUGUCUUGAAUGUAACUAUUGGAACGAAAACGCUAACAAAUGGAUGUCAGAUGGAUGUGAGCUUGAUGUUUUUACUACAAGUUUUCUUUUGACAAAAUGCAAAUGCAACCAUCUGACUGCAUUUGGUGGAUUUUUUGUUGCUCCUAAUGCUCUUCCUAAACCCAGCUUAGCUUUGUUAAAAACAGGAUAUGUUUUGCUUGUGACAGUUACUGUAGUUAUUUUACUGUGGAUAGUCGGAUUGGUAUGGAGCAGAAGAAUGGAUGAAUCUGAUGCUUCUAAGAUUGGUGUUUGCCCACUUCUUGACAAUCAUCCAAGAGAUCAUUACUUAUACCAAAUAAAAGUAGAUACUGGCAACCGAAGAAAUUCUGGCACCAAAUCUAAUAUCUUUUUUACUGUCACUGGUGACAUAAGUGAUAGUGGAAUUCGACGUUUAAAAGAUUCCGUGAGAGAAUGUUUUCAAAGAUCUAGCUGUGAUAUUUUUAUAAUGACAACUCAGAGUUCACUUGGUGAUUUAAGUUAUAUCAGGCUAUGGCAUGAUAAUAGUGGUGGGGGUUGGUAUUUAAACACCAUUGUAAUCACUGAUCUCCAAACUGAAAAACAGUUUCUUUUUAUUGGUCAUCGUUGGAUUGCUGUAGAUCAAGGAAUGUGUACUUUAGAUUGUAUUAUUCCAGUAGCAUCUGCUGAAGAAUCUAAAAGUUUUACAUUUGUUUAUACCUCAAAAGUAGAACGCAAUUUAACUGAUGAACAUUUGUGGUUUUCAAUUUUUACUCGUCCACCAAGAAGUAACUUUACCCGGUGUCAAAGGUUGACUGUUGCAGUUUCUUUGCUACUGACUUCAAUGAUGGUAAGCACAAUGUUUUAUGGAAAGGAAGGUGAAAACCCAAACCCAGCUACUGAGAAUAAAAGUGUUUUUUCCUUCACAAAGACUCAGAUAUUUGUGGUGUUGAUUUCUACUGUCAUUAAGUUUCCUGUACACUUGUUGUUUUUGAAGUUUUUUCGUUCAAUAAGACCAUUAGAAAUUACUUCCAAUAGUUUUAUUGAUGACUCAUCUGUUAAUGAAAGCAGCUCCGAACAGCUUAGCUCAGAGUUUAUUCCCUUAUCUAAACGCAAAAGUAUUCACUUAAGCAAGACUACAUUAACUAUUAUCAUUACUGAAGACAAACCAUUAAAGAAAAAAAAGUUUCUUUUACCACAUUGGUGUUUGUAUGUAGCAUGGUUUCUUUGUGUCGGUAAUAUAUUUGUUUGCGUUGUUAUAAUUGUGUUGUAUGGAAUGAAAUUUGGAAAUGCAACAUCAUUAAAUUGGCUGGCCAGCAUAACUAUUGAUUUUACUAAAGAAAUUCUGUUAAUUGAACCGAUUAAAAUAUUUAUUCUGGCAAUAUUUGUUGCUGUUGUCGUUAAAGAAGUUAACGAAGAGGAAACUGAAUUUGAAAAUAGAGGUAAGAAGUUAGCUCAUGAUGAACAUUGGCUUUACAAAUUAAAAAACGAACCAACUAUUUAUGAUAUGGAAAGCAUCAAAUUGCAGCCACUUGAUUCUUUAACAUUAAAAAAGAUGAAAGAGUUAAAAAUUAAAAAACUUAAGAUGACGGCUCUAAUACAAGAAAUGUUUAUAUAUGCAUUUUAUGCAGCUUUAGUAUUUUUUAUUAGUUACUCAACAAAUGAAAAUGUUGCCUGUUAUCAAAAUCGCAACAUAGAAGAACUUUUUAAUCUGAAACUUAGAGGGGUUCCAAUGGAAAUAGAUAAUUUUAAAGUUUAUGAUAGGAUUCAAUCAACACAGGAUUUCUGGCCGUGGAUGGAGGAAUAUUUUAUACAACAAGUUUUUCCUGAACCUUGGUUUAACUUGAGUGAGUUCUAUGCAAAUUCAGAUAAAAAAGAUUUUCCUGGUAAACUUUUUUUAAAUGAUCUCAACUCAAAGAUUGUAAAUGGAAUAAGAAUUCGACAACUUCGUGUGCAGCCAAAUUCUUGCAUCAAAGCUAACUUAGUUGCUGAAUUUUUUAAAAUAGACUGUCUGUCUUCAUACAAUUCUGCAGUUGAAGAAACUCAAGAUUUUGAUUUUAAUUGGACACGGCCAAUCAAAUAUAAAUCUGCCAUUAACCCAUUUACAAUGCCUUGGAGGUAUCAAACUUGGAAAGAACUUGAUGGCUAUCCAUAUAGAACUGACUUAGAUACUUACUACGGUGGUGGUUAUGCUGUAGAAAUCUUCCCUAAAUGGAAUAACAAGGCUAUACUGGAUCGUUUAAAAGAGCUCAGAUGGAUUGAUAGGCGAACGCGAGCAGUAAUAAUUGAAUAUGCUUUGUUUAACGCUGCUACUAAUUAUUUCACCAUGGCUACAAUAUUUUUAGAAUUCCCUGCUUCUGGCGGAGUUGUUCCUCGUUUUACUGUGCUUACAUUUAAGUUAUAUAUAUCAUUAACAGGGUCAAAAGCUGUUUUAGGUUCUCAUAUUAUAUUUGUUUUAAUGACCAUACUGUUUGCUGUCCGAGAAUGUCGCUUGUUAUUGAGAACUGGCAUUAAAUAUUUUGUAGAGUUUUGGAACUUAGUGGAGGCUGUAUUAGUUAUACUUUCGGUUAUUGCAGUUGGAUUUUUUUUUUUUAAAAAUCAUUUGGCCAAAGUUUUGUUAGAACGAAUAACAGAUAAGAAACCGCAGACCUUUAUCAAUUUUCAAUUUGCUUCGUACUGGAAUCUGGCAUAUGUUUAUGUUGUAGCGCUUAUUGUUUUUUUUGUGACUUUAAAGUUUAUUAAACUCUUGCGGUUCAAUCAACGUGUUUCAAUGUUAUCUUCAACUUUAAAUGUUGCAUGGUAUCCCUUUAGUAUGUUUGGGAUAAUCUUUUUCAUUAUUUUGUGUUCUGUUAUUACUACAGCCAGCAUUGUGUUUGGUCCAUUGUUAGAAGGAUAUCAAAACUACUUUAAAGCAAUCGGCUCCAUUGUUUCGUUAUUAUUGGGGAAGUUUAGUUAUUAUCAGUUUGAAAAAGCGAAUUCUGUUCUUGGACCAAUCUUUUUUUUUGGAUUCAACUUCAUUGUUCUUUGGAUUGUUAUGAAUAUUUUUGUCUCAAUCCUAAAUGAUGCUUUUAGUAUCGUGCGUGAAGAUAUUCAAAACAAAGCCAAUGAAUACGAGAUGGUCGAGUUUGUACUCGACCAUUUUAAAGGUUGGUUCGGAUGGAGAGUUCCAAAGAUGGUUGUGUCAACAAAUCAAUAUAACAACGUUCACAGAUCUGAAUCAAAUGAUUAUUUACCUACCAAUUCUAAAAAUAAGUCUGAGAUAAAUAAAAAUCAAUCUAUCAAGUAUAAUGAAGCGAGUAAACCAAUUCAUGCUGUUGAAUUCAAGAACUCAAUCUCUAAACGUAUUUUAAAACUUUCCAAGUACGAUCAUUUGUUACAAGAAAGAGAACUAAAUAGUAACGAAAAUGGUUUGCUGGAAAAGUUUAACAGCUGCAUGAAAAGUUUAACAGCUGCAUGAAAAGUUUAACAGCUGCAUGAAUCUCGCCUACAAAUCACAAGUGUAAAAUCUAAUUAAUAUUUAAAGAUGUUGGAUCAAAAAAAAAUUAGUUGUAUAAAUUUCUAUAUGAAAGUAGUUAAUUAUACAUA